AUGGCUUGCUGUGUAUUACAAAUCACUGGUCUAAUAUUUGGAGGCGUCGGCAUGGUCGGGACUUUGGCAACCACAAUUAUGCCACAGUGGAGAGUUUCUGCCCACAUUGAUAGCAACAUCGUGGUGUUUGAGACCAUCUGGGAAGGACUGUGGAUGGACUGUGUCAGUCAUCUGGGCAUCAGGCUGCAGUGCAAAUUCUACGAUUCUGUCCUGGCUCUCCCGCAACCCUUGGAGGCAUUCAGAGCACUCAUGUGCAUUGCAGUGAUCUUGUCAAUCAUUUCCUUUUUGAUGGCUAUUGUUGGCGUGAAGUACACUCACAGGACCAAGGAGGAUUCCCGGGGCAUCAGUGUCUUCAUACUGGCAGCUGGAGUUGCCUUUCUCCUGACGGGCAUCCUCGUUCUGAUCCCUGUGUCCUGGACUGCAGGUAGCAUCAUUCACGACUUCUAUGAUCCGAAAGUCCCUACGCCACUGAAACGAGAACUAGGAGCUGCUCUCUAUGUGGGCUGGGUGAGCGCUGCACUUCUCAUCGCUGCGGGAGCAAUGUACUGUAGCUUCUGGUGCUGGGCUGAUGCAUCUGCAAAAUCCAGGUAUCCGUCGCUUUCCCGUCACAGAUUGCACAAACCUGACUCUGCAGGAGGGCCAUCCCCAAGCGUGCAUGCCUACGUGUAG